CAGAAGCACACCACAGCUAUGAGCAUGCAUCAAGCAGGCACCUGGGCCAGCAGAAGCCAACUUCAGCUGCUUGCUCUGAUUCUUACACUGGUAUCCACGGCUGUGAUUGGCCUGGGUGCACCAGAGAUUACAUGCCUUUUAAUCAAGCGAAACAAUAUAAUGUCAGGAUCAUUGGAAUCUUCACCUUCUCAUGAGACCCAAGAAGACCGCAAUUGUUCCCUGUAUUAUCAAAGCAGCGAGAAUAUCUAUGAAGCAGCAACAGAUUUCGAAGUUGGUGUGCUUGAAAAUGUUGAAAUUAAAGCAAUAGUAAAUAUCUCAGAGAACAUCACCUGUCUUUGGUUUUUUAAAGAGAACCAGACUAACUGUAAUUCCUCUCUGGAUUUGGAGAACAGGCAUGUUGUUUCAAAGAAGUUUCCAAAAAUUAGAGAAACCCAGGCUGGAAACCACACGCUGUCCAUUAAAACAAAAACUGAUAAUUACAGGGUGACAUUUACAAUUCAUAUAAAAAAAAGCCCAAGAAAGCCAUAUUUUAUACUAAAUAAGCAGCGAGAAGUUACUGUAAGCUGCCUAUCAGAAGGAUAUCCUAAACCAAAUUUUGAAUGGUUUUCUUGCAAGACCCCUGAUGAAAGCUGCAGAAGUUCUAAGACUGCCCAAAGUGAAGACAUGGAUGGAAGACAACAGGCCCAGCUGAAAUUACGAGACAACGAAUUGCUCUUUCGACAACAUGUGUGGUGUUGUGCAGUUAAUGAGUUUGGAAAAGUCUGCUCCGAACUCUAUACAAUAGAUCUAAGUGCACCAGGAAGCUCUAUGCAGGAAUUCUUUCUUAAAACAAGAGAGCCAUUGCUUUUAAGAUGUCGUGGUAUAUCUGGUGAUUAUAACUUUGGAAUGAAGUGGUAUUCUGAAAGCAAGCAAUUGAUUCAGGGCUUGUCACUCGAAGGAAGGAAGAAUUUGAACUCCAAGAGGGUUAAGACGCAAUAUGCAUUUGUUUUCCCAAUGGAAACACAGAGUCACAGACAUUUUAACUGCUCGUCCAAAGAACUUGCUGCAAAUAAGAGUGCUUUGGUUACAGUUUUAGAUAAGGGUUUUAUCAAUUUCACCAACGCAAAGGAAGAUUUUGAAGCUGAUGUGGCAGAAAAGUUGUGCCUUGAAGUCACACUAAUAGCAUAUCCAUCAAUUAGAUGUAUAUGGAUGUCUUCCCAAAUGUCAUUUCCUUGUAUACAGACUUACACAGAUGUUUACAGCAUCUCUUCAAAAUUCUGUGACCAUAAGGACCAACCAGGGGAAUAUGUGUUCUACGCAGAAAAUGACGAUUUGUCUGUGAGCAGGACAUUAAAACUCUACAUGAAGAGGAAACCUGUUUUAAAAAUGUACAAGACAUCAACUCAGAUUUCUUGCGCCGCUGAGAGCAGGCCUGCAGCAUCUUGGGUCUGGAGACAGUGUCCUGACAAGAAAACAAAUUGCACAGAAAUCGCAGGUGGAAUAUCAAACAAUACGUAUGACGGAAAUACUUUUGGUUCCCAGAUUGUAAUCAGCACUUUAGAUCUAUCGAAAGUAGAAGACAGAUUUUACGUAGAGUGCUGUGCCAACAAUUCGGUGGGCUUUGACUGUGAAACAAGCUUAAUUGAAAAAGGAGAACACCCCCUGUCCGAUAAUGUUGCAUUAUAUGCAACUGCUGGAUUCUGCCUUUCGGUCAUUGCUGUGUUGUGUGUCUUAAUUUGCCAAAACUACAAGAAGCAAUCAAGGUACAAAAGCCAGCUGCAGAUGAUACAGAUGGUUGGAUCUUCCUCUAACGAAUACAUCUACGUGGAUUUCAGCGAGGUCGAGUAUGAGCUCAAGUGGGAGUUUCCCAGAGAAAAUCUGGAAUUUGGGCAAGAACUUGGUUCCGGUGCAUUUGGGAAGGUGGUGAAUGCCACAGCAUAUGGAAUUAGUGAAACGGGAGUGUCUGUCCAGGUCGCAGUCAAGAUGUUAAAAGACAAAUACAGCUCUUCCGAAAAAGACGCUCUAAUGACUGAACUCAAGAUGAUGACUCGCAUUGGCAGUCAUGAAAACAUUGUGAAUCUGCUUGGAGCUUGUACCAUAUCAGGACCAGUUUACUUGAUUUUUGAAUACUGUUGCUAUGGAGACCUUUUGAACUACUUGAGGAGCAAACGAGACAGAUUCCACAAGACCUUGACUGACGUCUUCCGACAGCACAAUUUCAGCUUUUACCACAAUUUCCCACAGUACGCAAACUCAAGAAAUGAAUAUAUACUAAGAAAUGGAUCAUAUAUUCCAAAGGAUGACUUUGGAAACACAUCUGCAAAAAAAGACUUAGAUUUGGCCUCUAAAUUGUGCAGAAUUGCCCUGCUUGCUGAGGAAGAAGGAAUGAAAUAUGUGAACAGGGGAAUAGAUGAUGAAGAGGACCUCAAUGUGCUGACCUUUGAAGACCUUCUCUCCUUUGCAUAUCAAGUUGCCAAAGGAAUGGAGUUUCUGGAAUCAAAAUCAUGUGUUCACAGGGAUCUCGCUGCCAGGAAUAUUCUUGUCACUCACGGGAAAGUGGCAAAAAUCUGUGACUUUGGACUUGCGAGGGACAUAGAGAAUGAUUCAAACUAUGUUGUCCGAGGGAAUGCUUGUUUACCUGUUAAGUGGAUGUCUCCUGAAAGCUUGUUUCAAGGGAUUUAUACUAUUAAGAGUGAUGUCUGGUCUUACGGAAUCUUACUGUGGGAAAUAUUCUCUCUUGGUGUCAAUCCUUACCCUGGAAUACAAGUGGAUGCAAACUUCUACAAACUAAUUCAAAGUGGAUUCAAAAUGGACUGUCCGUUCUAUGCUACAGAAGAAAUAUAUUUAAUGCUGUGUUCCUGCUGGGCUCUGGACUCCAGAAAAAGACCAUCCUUUUCACAGCUGCUUUCCCUCCUGGCCUGCCAGCUGGCUGAGGGAGAAGGAGCAGCAUGUCCAAUGGGGAAGAGUGGGAUUUCUGAACACGUAUCGAGUCCAAAGCCACAUAUCCCGGUUCACAUGGGAUAAGAGAAGCUGAAUCGCUUCAAUUCACCAUUCCUACUCUGGAUGCAGAUGCUGCAAGGGAGAAAUAAGACUGAUGCAUUAUUUUAUAUAAAAAGGCAUAUAAGCUGAGUGUAUUGAAAGAGAGGUUUUUUUUGCCUUCGCUAAAGAGGCCAGAUUUGCUGCUCCUGCCCCUGAAUUUCUCGUGCUCAUUUCUAUGAUCCAACUUUUGCUUUUGAAAUGAGAUUUUCCUCCCCUUUCAGGAAUCUGGGUCAAGGCGAGAGCACACUUUUCACAAGCACUGUUUUGAACCAGGGGUUCUCUGGUGUGUCUGCAGCCUCCAGGGGCUGUGGUUAGGAAAUGAAACUCUUUCCUUUCACGAAUGUAACUGAAGUCAAACAUUCCCAUUGUUGUUUGGUUGUGCUUAGAGCAGAUGUAGAGAGUUGAAGUUCUUUGUCAUCAGAGCCUCCAGACAUGAAUGUAUAGUGGCAUUAUCUUAACACUUAGCUGUGCUAAU